CUCUAACUUACGGAGUUGGCGAGAAUCAAUGACCACGUUUCUGUUGUGUCGAUCGGUAGCGCAAUGUCUGGGGUAUGAAUAAAUGAUUAACAGCUUUCAGAUCAAGAUCACCGUCUGUUCCCGUCUGUUAUGAGUAGCAUCCGAGCCGAUGCUAGUUUGUAAAUUUGUACAGCAUUUGUGGUACAGGAGCUGGGAUAUGUUCGUUCGCUGCAACAGUUUUGAGGUUUUGUAGUUUGGUCGAGGGCGUGGGUUCAGGGCAAAGCAGCCGCUGCCGGGCCCUGUGGCGGACUCUGUGCGAUACGUAGAGCGAAUUUCAGAGGAGGCUGGCUUGUUCGUGAAUUGUUCAAUUGUUUUUUCACGUGAAUUCUGAACGGCGCAAGGGACAGAGCGUGCAGAGAUUGUUCGGCAUCACUGCAAUGGCAACACUGGCGGACUCCUUCCUGGCUGAUCUAGAAGAUCUGUCGGAUAAUGAAGGCCCUUUCGAGGUAGAAGCAGAAGAAGGAGACGACACCGCCGACGUCGACGAUGUCAUGGACGAUGUCGAAACGUUAAACUACGAUGAUUUAGACUCUGUUGCCAAACUUCAGAAAAGUCAACGCUUUCAUGACUUAACGAAGAAAGUGGACGAAGCGUUGGCGAAAGGAUCAGAAGACUCGAAGACGGGACGUGUCUCUGAGGAUGACCCCGAGUACCAGUUAAUAGUGGACUGCAAUACACUUUCUGUUGAUAUUGACAACGAGAUUGUCAUAAUUCACAACUUCAUCCGCGAUAAGUAUAGACUGAAGUUUCCAGAACUGGAAUCCCUCGUCCUCCACCCUAUCGAUUACUCUCGUGUAGUGAGGAAGAUAGCAAAUGAGAUGGAUCUUACCCUGGUGGACCUUGAGGGUCUCUUGCCAUCAGCAACUAUCAUGGUGGUCUCGGUCACUGCCUCCACCACAAGUGGAAAGCCACUUUCAGAGGAAAAUUUGCAGAAGACACUUGAUGCUUGUGACCGUGCGUUGGCGCUAGAUGAAGCAAAAAAGAAGGUUCUAGCGUUUGUAGAGAGUCGGAUGGGAUACAUAGCUCCCAACUUAUCCGCUAUUGUGGGAAGUGAAGUAGCUGCUAAGCUGAUUGGUGUUGCUGGAGGUUUAUCCUCAUUGGCCAAGAUGCCAGCAUGUAACGUCCAGAUUCUAGGAGCAAAGAAGAAGAAUCUGGCUGGAUUUUCAACUGCUACAGCCCUUCCUCAUACUGGUUUUGUUUUCCACACGGAGAUCGUGCAGAGCACUCCUCCUGCUCUUCGAACAAGAGCUUGUCGCUUGGUCGCUGGGAAGUCUACUCUUGCUGCUAGAGUUGAUUCAACAAGGGGUGAUCCAACAGCUAAGACCGGAAGAGACCUAAGAGAAGAGAUCCGUAAGAAGAUUGAGAAAUGGCAAGAGCCUCCUCCAGCGAAACAACCCAAACCCCUACCAGUGCCAGAUUCAGAUCCGAAGAAAAAGCGCGGUGGCCGUAGGCUAAGGAAAAUGAAAGAGAGGUAUGCCUUGACGGACAUGCGCAAGUUGGCGAACAGAAUGCGAUUUGGGGUACCCGAAGAAAGUUCAUUAGGUGAUGGUUUAGGUGAAGGAUAUGGUAUGUUAGGCCAAGCUGGCAGCGGAAAGCUUCGAGUUUCGAUCGGCCAGAGCAAACUUGCAGCUAAAGUGGCUAAGAAAUUUAAGGAAAAACAGUACGGAAGUAGCGGUGCGACCUCAGGACUUACUUCAAGUCUUGCCUUCACCCCUGUACAGGGUAUUGAGCUUAGCAAUCCUCAAGCUCAGGCUGCCCUCCUUGGAAGCGGCACUCAAAGUACCUACUUCUCUGAGACCGGAACCUUCUCAAAGAUCAAAAGGAUUUGAAGCCUGUCUGUCGAUAGUCUUUAUGCGAGUUCUCUUCUGUGAACAUGCAGGAAAUUUUGCAAAUGUCUAUGAAAUAUUAUAUCUAAUUGUACAUCGUUUAGUGUAUGUCAUCAUCUUUCUCAUCUUCCUAUCAUCAUUGUAAUGAG